AUGCCAGAACAAUUGUGUUCAACCUGCGACGAGCCGCUUCUCAUUGAGGUUGAAGCGGACAGCGAUGUCGAGAACUCAAAGGCUGCUGCGAAGGUGCACACCAUACCGGACGACCUUGAAUUAAGCUGUGGAUGCCAUUAUCAUUGGGAGUGUUUCCUCGACGCCUACAACAUUACUCAAUGCCCUAACUGCGACAAGAACAUCUCCUCACUCUCCGCCACCGGUGAUCAGCAGGUCCUUGUCACCCUGAGAAAUGAAGGAGGUGUGCAGACUGGCUACGAUAUCCUUCCCACGGCCACUGAGGAAGCAUACCUGCGGGCAUACCCAGAAGAACGCAAAGGUCAUGCUUACCUCCAAUUUUGCAGAGAAGGCGACAUCGACGCCAUCAUUCACAUGAUCAAGGAUGUGGACGAACAAGAAAAUGACGAAGAGGACGAGUACUCCGAUGUACUGGAAUACUCUGGGACAUUCGAAGGAAUCCACGGGUCGGGCCUUCAUGUCGCAAUUAGGCAUCAACAGCAGGAAGUGGCCUGGCUCCUCCUCGCCCUCGGCUCACAGUUGGAAUGGUCCAAAUUUCCUGACGCCGUCAUCCAAGCAAUGCAAGAAUUGGGUCUGCAGAAAGAAGACAGAAAUUCUCAAUCAGAUAUCCGAAGUCUCAAAGAUAGCUCAGACAGAACACCCGCGGAUGUGGCCAAAGAGGUUGGGGGACUAUGGGUUGAAUGGUUGAAUGAGGGGCGGCUCAAUCCAAAUUCAUAA